AUGAAGUGCAUCUAUUGGAACAUAAGAGGUAUUGCCAACAGUUCUUCUAGGUUGGCUCUGAAAAGGUUAAUUCAGUGUAAUUCUCAUGAUUUGGUUUUUAUUGCUGAACCAUGGAUGGACUUUGGCAAGUUUCCUCAAAGGUGGCUCCACAGGUCUGACCUUAAACCCUUUGCUUUUAAUAAUAGGAAUGGUUUGCUCCCUAAUCUUUGGUGUUUAUGUAAGGCUAAUAUGAAUCCUGACAUAUUUUUUAUUGAUGACCAACAUGUUUCUUUUACUUUGAAUCUUAAUAAUCAUGUCCUUGGAUUCUCAGUGAUAUAUGCUUCUACUUGUUAUUUAACUAGGAGAAAGUUAUGGCACUACCUUAGCCUUAACAUGGCUAAUAGACAGAUUCCUUGGACAUUAAUAGGUGAUUUUAAUGCUAUCAUUAAUGCUGAUGAGUAUAGAGUAUCUAGGUCCCCUGCUAGAAUUCCUAUGCAAGAUUUCUUUAAUUGGUCUGAUGCUAACAAGCUUGUUCAUCUGCAAACUGCUGGAAAUUUUUUUACUUGGUCUAAUGGUAGGAAAGGUUCUAGAUUGACUGAAAAAAGAUUAGACAGAGCUAUUUGUAACUUAGACAUGUUAGAUAUUUGCACUAAUAUGAAUUGUCACACUUUGUCUAAGAUAAAAUCUGAUCACUAUCCUCUUUUGCUUUUUAUAGAUUUUAAUAAGAUUAGCAUUAAGUCUCAAUUUAAGUUCCUUAAAAUGUGGACUGGCCAUGAUGACUGUGAGAGAAUAAUAAAAGACACUUGGAACUCUAUUGUUUAUGGUUGUCCUAUGUUUGUUCUUGACCAAAAGUUGAAAAUCCUUAAACUAAAAUUAAAGGAUUGGAACAAGAACAUUUUUGGAGAUGUUAAAAUUAGAGUGUUAGAAGCUGAAACUAAACUCAAGAUCAUUCAGGAGGAAAUCAAUAGCCUUGGUUAUUCUGAUAAUAGGCAAAGUGCUGAAGCUAAAGCCCAAUAUGAGUUGGAAAAAGCUUUAAUGUUUGAAGAGGAGUUCUGGAAGGAAAAGGCCAGUAUCAAAUGGCACACUGAUGGGGACAGAAAUACUCAAUUUUUUCACACUUUUGCUAAGAUUAGAAGAAAGAAGAACCUUGUAUCUUCUCUUAACCUUAAUGAUAGUGUUAUAACUGAUCAUGCUAUGAUUGAAUCCCAUCUUAUUAAUCACUUCACUAACAUUUUCAACCAGAAUGUUGAUAUGCAGGAUAAUGGGCUUAUUGAGAAGGUGAUUCCUAAAGUUGUGAAUGACAACACUAAUGCUAUGCUAGUGGCUAUCCCUAGUGCUAAAUAA